AUGAAAUUAGAUGCAAAAGCACUUCGUUACAUGUCCUCCGAGGACUUUCGAGUUUUGACAGCUGUCGAAAUGGGCUCCAAAAACCAUGAAGUCGUUCCCAGCUCACUUAUUGCUCAAAUUGCCCAACUGCGCCAUGGUGGUGCUCACAAACUUGUAGGCGAUUUGGCCAAGAGAAAGCUCAUUGCCCGUGUGCAAAACAUGAGCUAUGACGGCUACCGUUUGACCUAUGGUGGUUACGAUUACCUUGCAUUGAAGACAUUUGCCAAGAGAGGCACCGUUUACUCUGUUGGCAAUCAGAUUGGUGUAGGUAAAGAAUCCGAUAUCUACUUGGUUGCCGAUGAAGAUGAUAAUCAGCAUGUAUUGAAGCUUCAAAGACUUGGCCGUAUGUCUUUCCGUACCAUCAAGUCCAAGCGUGAUUACCUGCAAAAGAGAAAAUCAGCUUCCUGGAUGUACAUGUCUCGAUUGGCUGCUAUGAAAGAAUACGCUUUCAUGAAAGUGCUGUAUGAAAACGGCUUUCCUGUGCCUGAACCCAUUGAUCAAAGCAGACAUUGUGUUGUGAUGGGCCUGAUUGAUGCUUUCCCAUUGCGUCAAAUUGAGGAGAUUGGCAACCCAGGCAAGCUCUACUCUGAUUUGAUGAGCAUGAUUGUCAAAUUAGCACAAUAUGGUCUGAUUCAUGGUGAUUUCAACGAAUUCAAUAUUUUGAUCAAGAGUGAUGGGUCUCCUGUUUUGAUUGAUUUCCCUCAAAUGGUGUCCACCUCUCAUAUCAAUGCUGAGUACUACUUUAACCGUGAUGUCGAGUGUAUCCGUGUGUUCUUCCGUCGUCGAUUUGGCUAUGAAAGUGCAUUGUAUCCUAGAUUCACACAUGAUGUCAACCGUGAAUUCAGUUUGGAUGUUCAAGUGGCUGCCAGUGGUUUUAGCAAAAAAAUGCAAAAGGAGCUGGAAGACUAUCAAGAAGAAAUCAAGGACAUGUCGUCCGAUGAAGACGAAGAUGAUGAUGAUGAUGAUAGCGAUGAAGAGGAAGAGGAGGAAGAGCAACAGCUUACCAGAGAUGAUAUACCAGAAAUGACUGAAGAGGAAAAGAUGGAAGAAAAGUUGAGAAAUAUUCGUCUUGGCAACACCGAGCCCACAACAGAGGAGGAGGGAGAGUCUGAAGACGAAGCUGAAGCAUCUCAAGAGGAUUCUGACGAGGAGGAACAAGUGGACGAAGAGACAGAAUUGGCCAGACGAAGCGAGAAGAUUGAAAAGUUGAAUAAUCGUGAUUAUAAAGCCCAUCGUGAUGUGAAGCCCAAGAAAAACACCAAAAAAUCAGGCACAGCAGCAGCAUCAGCAGCAGCCAAAGAGGAAGCUGUCAAAAACAAAGUUGCGCGUGCGCUCAAGAGUCAGACCAACAAACAAAACAUCAAAAACACUCGUGGUAACAACCUCAAAAACAAAGGCAAGAGAAGAGACAAGGCUGACUGUAAAGGUGGUGGCAUCUUUGAUUAA